CUUCAUUUCUCCUACUAAUAAAUUAAAAGCCCAUCUUAAAAAAGAUAGAGAGCGAAGUAGCAAACUCUGCCAUCAUCCCUCUCUUUAUCUCUCUCUCUUCUCUCCCUCUCAUUCUGAAAUAGAUGAAGUAGAGAAGUUAAUGUUCACCAAACUUACUGUAAAGUCUGAAACUCUUUCUUCCUUCUUCUUCUUCUUCUUCUUUGCUUCAUUCAAAUUAAAAACGUUCAAGAAACCAGAGGAUUUGUCUCAGAUCUAGUAACAACAGUAAGAUAUAUUUGAAUUUUCGUUACUAGUUACAAGAAAAAAAAUGAGUAAAGAAGAGUUUAUGAAGAUCCAGACUUGUGUUCUCAAAGUGAACAUUCACUGUGAUGGUUGUAAGCAGAAAGUGAAGAAAAUCUUGCAGAAAAUUGAAGGUGUUUUCACGACAAAGAUAGACGCAGAGCAAGGGAAAGUGACUGUAUCUGGAAACGUAGACCCAUCAGUUCUAAUCAAGAAGCUCUUGAAGUCUGGUAAAUAUGCCGAAGUCUGGGGAGGAGCUCCAAAGGCGAAUAACAACAACAACAAUCAGAACCAACCCAACUUGGCCAAUCAGUUCAAAGGCAUGCAGAUUGAUCACGGCGGCAAAGGCGGUGGUGGUAAUCCCCCCGGUGGUAACAAUAACAACAAAGCACCAAAGAACGGUGGUGGGGGUGGCGGAGGAGGUGGAGGAGGAGGAGGCGGAGGCGGUGGUGGUGGUGGGCCACCGAAGAUGGUUCUUCCGCAGUUAACUCCACAACAGAUGCAGCAGUUGAAUCCUCAGCAGCUUCAGCAGCUACAACAACUUCAGCAGAUGAAAGGGUUUCAAGAUCUGAAGCUUCCUCCUCAGUUAAAGGGUGGUCCAGGUCCUGGUCCUGGCCCUGUUCCUAUGAACAAGAAUCCUCAGAUGCCUGUUAAUCCUAAUCAGAAGGCUGUGAAGUUCAAUGUUCCUGAAGAUGAUGAUGAGGAGGAUGAUUUCAGUGACGAGUUCGAUGAUGAGUUUGAUGAAGAUGACGACGAGUUUGAUGAUGAUCUGGAGGAUGAUGAGUUUGACGACCACCCACCUCCGCCUAACAAGAUGAAGCCUAUGAUGGGUGGUGGGGGCGGUGGUCCUGGUGGUAACAUGAUGAUGCCUAAUAACAUGAUGCCGAACAUGAUGAUGCCUAACGCUCAGCAGAUGUUAAACGCUCAUAAAAACGGUGGUGGUCCUGGACCCGCCGGUGGUAAAAUUGAAGGUAAAGGUAUGCCUUUCCCUGUUCAAAUGCCUGGCGGUGGCGGAGGAAACGGUAGUAAGAAGGGAGGUCCUGGUGGAGGAGGCGGUGGCGGUGGUAAUAUGGUUAAUCAGAACCAAGGCGGAGGGAAGAACGGUGGUAAAGGCGGCGGUGGUGGACAUCCCUUAGAUGGAAAAAUGGUCGGAGGUGGCGGCGGCGGUCCUAACGGUAACAAAGGAGGUGGCGGAGGUGGUCAGAUGAAUGCCGGCCCUAACGGUGGUAAGAAAGGCGGUGGAGGAGGUGGCGGCGGAGGAGGACCCAUGGGUGGAGGACUCCCGCCGGGUUUCCGUCCAAUGGAAGGCGGUGGUGGCAAUGGAGGACCUCCGGCAAUGAGUAUGCCAAUGGGCGGGGCAAUGGGUGGUCCAAUGGGAUUACCGGCAAUGGGUCCAGGCGGUGGUGGCGGCGGCGGUCCAUCCGGAGGAGCACCACCAGGAUAUUUCCAAGGUCAAGUCCCUGGCAACGGCGGAGGUGGACAAGACCCAAUGCCGGCGGGAAAUCCCUACUUGCAACAACAGCAACAGCAGCAACAACAACAAUACUUAGCCGCUGUUAUGAACCAGCAACGAGCCAUGGGCAAUGAGCGGUUCCAGCCGAUGAUGUACGCUCGACCACCGCCAGCUGUAAACUAUAUGCCACCUCAACCGCACCAACAACAUCCAUACCCGUAUCCAUACCCGUAUCCACACCAACACCCGUAUCCGCCUCACAAUGGUGACCAGUAUUCUGAUUACUUCAGUGAUGAGAACACAUCAAGCUGCAAUAUCAUGUGAAUGUGAACAACUACAACAAAAAACUUUCCAUAGUUUGUGUCCGGUCUGUGAUUAUACAUGGAAAUGGUUUUUUUUUCUUUUUUUUCAUAAUCAUUGGGGGUUUCUUAGAAUCCUUCUUUUUUUCCUCCAACGGAUCGAUCCUAAGUUAUAUUAGGAUUUUUUUUUUUCUUUUAAUUUGUGAUAGUUCUUAAGUAAGUUUAUAGAAUCAUAAUAUAAAAUCAAACGAAUAUUUUAUAUUCAGUA